CAGCAUAGAUGCCAGGUACAGAUAUGUUCUCUUGGUCUCUUGUGUUGCUGCUCCUAUCUCUUGCUUGUAUAACUAGCUGCCAUGCUCUCACUUUUGAGUUCAGCAUCAAUCAUACUUGUGGAUACUUUAUAACCGUGACGUUUUCUAUAAUGAAGGAAUCCCAAGUCGAAAACCAAGGUGCUGAUAAACUAGAAUACUCCUGUUCUGCCGAGAUUCCUCAAAAUGGUAUUGUUGAAUUUAAUCCUGUACAUAACGGAUCAAAUACAGAUGGAUUGUUUCUUCAGUGGUAUACCAAUCAAUCAGCUUGUGGCAUGAACGUUUCUGAUGUGCAUGUUCAUUGUGAGAAUGCUCAACAGGCUACUCAUUGCAUGAAUUAUUAUUCAGAAUCAGCUGGCACCAUCAGUUGCUUAAAAACUAAUCUCAAUUUAUGCUCAAGUUGUAGCAUAUCUCAAGGAACACCAGCUACACGAUGUUAUACUCACAGUGCUAACAGCAUUUGUCCUACUAUAACUCAAAAUUUAUCAUCAAGCUUUAGUGCUUUAAAUACUCAAUAUUCACAAUCAAACAUACCUUUAACCGUUGAAAGUACUGCAACGAUUGAUUCAUCACCAGCUAUUGUGACUUCAACAACUCAAUAUUCAUCAACCUCAAUGACUCAUGAUUCAUCAUCAGUUGUUGCUUCUCCUUUUGAUGACUUUUCUUCUUCUUCCUUUGCUGAUUUAUUUUCACCCUCUCCAUCUCCUACUUCCUUAUAUUGUCCUCCUGAUCCUCUGUGGCCACUAACACCAGCUGGAUGUGAUGCCCCCCUCAACAGAACCUGCCAUUAUGGACUAUUUAAUGCUACUAGGCACUGUAAUGAAAGUGGGAACUGGGAUCCUGUUAACUGUCUUGCUGAUAAAAACUUUGAGGCUAUUGUAUUGCUGGCAUCAUCAUCUCCUUAUGAUGCACUUGUCUCCCUUUCAAACAAUAUUAGUACUAUUCCUGGCAUUCAAACAGUGGUACUGUUAGAUAUUAUAGCUUCCAGUAAUGCCAGAAAUGCUACUACUACUGAGGAAUUUGGACAAUUACUUUUGAGAACUUUUGAUCAAUUUUUAAAAGGAAUAAACGUAUCACUUUAUGAUGAAGAA